AUGACAAAACAACACAUUCUAAUAGAAAAAGAGCGCUAUAGUGGGUUAGUUAUUUGGGCAAGCAAAGUAGCCUUAUUCAAUUCGGUGUUCUCGGCAUUUGCUCCUGUUUUGGUAGGUGUUGGAAAUAUUUUAGUGUUAUUUUGUUCUUUGAAGUGCAGCACAUUUUUUAGUCAAAAUAAUAAUGACAAAUUAAUUGUUGCAGUAACACAGACUUUCGUUCAAAUGUGGCGCUAA